ACCGACGUAGACAGACCAUAUAGUAAAAUACAAUCAUAUCUACGGACUGAAAAAAAUUAAGCACACGAAAACAUGGUUGUUUUUCAGCUUUCCUUGGGACUUAUUUUGAAGUCUGUUUGAUUCCAUGUUAAUUUGCACUAAUUAAGAAUGAAGUAUAAAAAGCGAAUUUAAAGUUAAAUGACUUGCUAUGUAAUUAUAUAUGUAAAUAACUUCAGGUUAGCGUCUCGAAGUGCUAGUAGUUAGUAAAGUUGUUACUCGGAUUAAACAUGAUUCUUAAUCGUAUUAAAUGAUUUAUGUAUUUUCAGAAUGGUUGUUGGAUCAGCAGCAUACCCAGGGAGGCAAGUACUCCACAAAAUGCAGCCGAUGGGAAUGACCCCUCGUGAGCUCUCAGAAUACGACGACUUGGCUACGGCACUUAUUGUGGAUCCCUAUUUAAAUAUCACUACACACAAAAUGAACAUUCGUUAUAGACCUAUCAAAACAAAUAAGGAAGAACUUAAGCAAAUAAUUAAGGAAUUUGUACAGACUCAGGAUUAUAAUAAAGCAUAUUCUAAACUAGCCAGUGGUGAAUGGAUGCCAAGACAUUUUAGUAAAAAUAAACAUCAACAAAGCAAACUUAGAGAACAUAUAUAUCGUUACUUAAGGGUUUUUGAUAAAAAGGCUGGCUUUGUUAUAGAACCUUGCUAUAGAUAUUCUUUAGAAGGCAGAGUUGGAGCUAAAAUUUCAACAACAAAGAAAUUUUUUAAGCAUGAGAGAAUAGAUUUUCUUGUUGGUUGUAUAGCUGAAAUGACAGAGGAUGAAGAAAAACAACUUCUCCAUACUGGGAAAAAUGAUUUUUCUGUUAUGUACAGCUGUAGAAAAAAUUGUGCACAGUUAUGGUUAGGACCCGCAGCAUAUAUAAAUCAUGAUUGUCGACCAAAUUGCACUUUUGAGGCUACUGAUCGUGGCAAGGCAUUUGUUCGUGUCUUGAGAGAUAUUGAGGUUGGUGAGGAGAUUACUUGUUUUUAUGGUGAAGAUUUCUUCGGAAAUGGUAAUUGUUAUUGUGAGUGUGAAACAUGUGAGAGACGUGGGAAAGGUGCAUUUUCUGUUAAAAGUGCGCAUAAUGAUGAACAAGCUACAAGAUACAGAUUUAGAGAAACUGAUAAUAGAAUUAAUAGAACAAAAGCUAAACAAAGUCAAAAGAUUAAUGGGAAAAAUUCUGAAAAACCCCGAUUGACAGGUAGACAAAAUUCUAAUAUAAUAUCUCCACUCAGUAUGAAAGAAAUGAAACAGAAAGGAUUGACAAAAUAUGAUGCUGAACUUUUAAUAGCCCAAGGUUGCAUUGCAGAUGUUGCAGUCAAUAAACAAACACAGGGCAGUAGGGAAUCUUCUACUUCAAGCCGAGGUGAGAGAUUACGACGUAGGACUGAUAGUGGUCGUACUGCAAAUGGUAUUAUACCACCUAGAGGUAAUACAAAACGUCGGGCACCACCUUCUCGAUGUUGUAGUACUGCUAGUUCACGUAGUAGUAGAGAUUCUCAUAGUGGAAUAGUGUUGAGAAGUCACAAACGUCUUGAUAAUUUUGCACAAACUACUUGUGCUAAAAUGAAACAAAUUUCAAAAGAUGGGUCGGAACUGAAAGAAGAAGGGAACCUUGAAAUACCCAAAGGUGAGCCUGAUUUGCCUAAUUCUUUAGAAACAAAUAUUAUUGUUAAAACUGAACCCAUACAUGAUGUACAGAAAGAAGAUAAUUUUGUUUUGGAAGAUGUUUUUAAUAUAACUAAAACAGAAUUAGGGCACACAGAGAGUGAAAGUAAUGUAAAAGAAUCUCAGCAAAUGAGUUCACAUAAUGAAGGAAGAAUGGAAAGUCUGCCAAAUAAUUCUGAUAUUAAAGAACAAAAGACAGAUGACAAUGAUGAUUGUACAAGUGAUAAUGCAUGUUCUAAAAGUGAAAUUUAUGACUUUAGAGAAAAUGUAAACCCAAGUGAAUCAAAGGAAUGCAGAUUGAACAAAAAUAAAAUAGAUAUAAAUAAUCGGACUGAAGAAUCGAAAAAAGAAUUGGACACUGCACCACCUUGGUUGGUAGAUAAUUCUAAUAAGAGCAGUGAGUGUCCAUGUACUCCACCACGUAGAGGUUUAAAGUUAACAUUACGUGUUAAGAGAAGUCCUGUUGUAGAAGAAGUAAUGGAUUGUGGUGCCACAACAGAGGUGCCUGAAUAUGAGGUGUUGCGGUUGGAAGGUGUGGAUCCUGAGACUGUAAGACGUUUAAAGAAACGCCGUCGAUCGAAAGAUCGUCAUCGAAAACACAGUCCCAUCCGUCCCUUACCCCCCAUGAAACGCUUAAGAUUAAUUUUUGGCAAUGAAAGUCGUACUAUAGACUUACCUACUGCUAUAUCGGCAGACUGACAGCCGCAACUACCUUAUGGUUAUUUUUCCACCGUUAUUAUUCAAUUAUUAGUUUAAUUUUCAUUGACUAGGAUAUUUUAUCUAGUAUUUAUUUUAUGAUGUGAACUUCUGGUUUAAGUAUUGUGUGAUAGGCAUCAGAUUUUUAUUUGAUGAUUCCAAGAAAAAUAUUUAUUAAAACAAAAAAUCAGAAACUCUAAAAUUUGUUAUUUCAUAGCACUAAUUUAUUAUUUCCCGUUUUUAUAGAACCUGUUUAUGAUUUGCCAAAUAGGCAUGUCUGAAUUAUGUUAGAUCAUAUUAUGUAUAAUACAUAAACCCCCAAAUAUAUACAGGGCGGAAUAGAAGGGUAUAACAAUCUGAAAUGCAACGGUUGUAGGUAUGUAUUUGUAAAUUUAAACUAUUUACCACACAUUUAAUGUAAGUAAAAACCAAUCAAUGUAAUAUACCCUUCUCGGCCACGUGAUAGAGUCAAUCCAUGAUUUUUUAGAUGUUUUAAAUUUUACAAAUAGCCGUUGGGUUUUAGAUUAUUAUAUCUUAUACAAUGUCUCAUGUAAUAUCCAUUAUCAUAUGGUUUUGAAAAUAUUGCUUUUAUGUAAAACAUUACGGCGAUAAAGAAUUUACACAAUUGUUGUACUUUGCAACAAAUUAUAUUUUAAAUUAGUAAACUUUCUUAUUUAAUUGUCAUGACAUAGGCGUAUUUAAGGUGAUGGGAGGGGGGGGGGGAUGGUUGUAGCUAUUUGCAAACAUCUUUGAUAGUAUAUAAUGUGCGCCUGAUUAAGGGGUUGAGCCUCUUGGAAAAUUAAUCUUAAAUACGUCGAUGUAAAUUAAUUAUUGCAAAUAGGAUAUAGGUCUGACCGAUAAAGAAAGCUUAUAUAUUAAUAAUUGUGCUGACGAGAUUUAUUUGAAUAUUUACAUUUAACAACGGAAUUACUGCGAAUACAACUUUACCAAAUAGGUAGUUACAUAAACGUCAAUAUUGUUUUGUGUUAAUAGGCUUUCAUGUAAAUGAUUUCGUUUAUCACUUUCGACUGAACUAAACAGAAAAAAACAGUUUUGUAGCUAUCACGAGUUUUUGUUUGUCUGUGAUAUUGUAACAUCAGAACUGUUGAACCGAUUCUAAUGGGUUUUUUACUAAAAAUCGUUAUUUAAUUCGGUCUUUCGAGCAUAGUAAAAUAUUAAAUAAAUUCUCUUAUUUUUCAGAGGGUUUAUGUGUGGCAUAGGCUAGGUGUAGUCAAAUUUAAUUUAAAGUGAAUUUCUAAAUAUUAUAGGUUUUUGAGUAUAUUUUACAAGGACUGAUUCUAUCUACAC